AUGUUUGUUCCCGAAGUCUGCCAAGCCAUUGUAGACGAAUAUAAAGUCGAAGCAAUUUCUUGUCCCACCACACAGCGCGAAUGGCGUGAUAUUGAUGAAGAGUUCCAACGAAAAUGGAAUGUUCCACAUGCCUGUGGUGCUCUCGAUGGCAAACAUAUAGCCAUUAGAUGUCCUUCAAAUACAGGAUCACUCUUUCAUAAUUACAAGGGAUUUUUCUCAGUGGUUCUUCUUGCAUUAGUUGACGCGGAUUACAAGUUUUUGUGGAUUGACAUUGGUGGUUGUGGAUCAAUGUCUGAUGCUCAGAUCUACAACAAUUCUGAACUUAAAGAGUGCUUGGAAGAAGAAACGAUUGGCUUCCCAGACCCGGAUCCAAUGCCGAACGAUGACAAAAAUGUGCCAUAUUUCAUUCUUGGAGAUGACGCUUUUGGUUUGAGAACAUAUCUGAUGAAGCCUUAUUCUCAACGAGGCUUAACAGAUGAACAAUUGAUAACUAAUUACAGAAUAUCGAGAGGAAGACGUGUGGUUAAAAACGCAUUUGGUAUACUGGCCCAACGAUGGCAAUUAUUACUUACCACCAUGAUGCAGCAGCCAAAUGUAGUACGAAACAUUGUCGAGUGUUGCGUUUGUCUGCACAAUGUGAUGAGACUACGAUAUCCAACACAACAGAACGCGAAACUUGACAUGGAAAAUGACCAGCAUGACUUGAUUCCGGGCUUAUGGCGAGCGACCGCAAAUAUGUGUGAAUUAAACAUGGUAAUUGGACCAAACAGAGACACCGUAGCUGCAAAGAAGCAAAGGGAAUACCUUCGACUAUAUUUCAAUAGUCAAGCUGGCUCAGUUCCUUGGCAAAACUGCAUGAUAAGUGCAUAG